AGUAAUUGUUUGGGUCACGGAGCAUAUGUAUGUAAAGUGGAGACAGAGAAUAUUACACCACAGAGGACUUUUGAAAAGGCUGUUAGUGAAAGUGUUUUUUUAGAGGUCAAAAAGAAGCAGCACAAAUGAGAUGAUUACUGAGUGACAGUACUAGAGAAACAAAUAUGUAAAGUAAAAAUCACACUUUUUUUUAGUUAUUUUAUGAUUUGCUGCAUGCUUAAGAAAUAAAAUCAGACUCUCUGUGCCGCAUUAAAUUGCAGAGCAUCGUUCUUUUCCAUCACAUUGAAUCGAAUCGUAUUGCAUUGAAUCAUAUUGUGUUGAAUCGUAUCGUCUUUAAUGUAUCGGAUCGUUGUCAAUAUAUCGAGAUACAUAUCACAUCUACAUCAAUGAUGGUGAUGAACAUCUCUAGUAGACAAGAGAGUUGAGUCUUAUUUUAAAUCCAGUAGAAGGCGGUAAUGCGACAUUUUGGAUGCAAACCGCCUUUAAAAACCAACGAAUAAGAAGAAGACGCGCUUUUAUUUUGAAGGCGCAGGGCAGCGGAAGUGCAGCAGGUGUUUCCGGUGGUUGUGUUUGGUCUGGCUCGGCUCGGCUCGGCUCGGCUCAGAUCAGCCCAGCAGCAGCAGCAGCAGUAACCCUGAUGGCGGCCCCUGCUCUCUCCGGUCGGGCCGGCUCGGCGGGCAGCCUCGGGAACAGCCCCACCGCGGCUGCCGGCAGGCUGCCGCACGGCGGCGGCGGCGGAGGCGGCGGAGGUAACGGGCCCGAGCUCGACUUCAGGUCGGCGGCCCGCAUGGAGGACCUGAACCGGCUCAUCCAGGAGUUCAGCAAGCACGACCAGCGGGAGUACGACGACCAGCGGGCUCUGGAGAUCCACACGGCCAAGGACUUCAUCUUCUCUAUGCUGGGAAUGGUCCAGAAGUUGGACCAGAAGCUCCCGGUGGCCAAUGAGUACCUCCUCCUGUCAGGAGGCGUUAGGGAAGGUGUGGUGGAUAUGGACCUGGAUGAGCUGAGUGUCUAUGCCCGCGGUACAGACUACGACAUGGACUUCACCCUUCUGGUCCCAGCGCUCAAACUCCAUGACCGCAACCAGCCGGUGACCCUGGACAUGAGGCACUCGGCUCUGGGCCACUCCUGGCUCAGUCUUCGUCUCUUCGACGAAGGGACCAUCAACAAGUGGAAGGACUGCUGCACCAUCGUCGACCACAUCAACGGAACCACCAACUACUUCUUCUCGCCGACGCUGGUGGCCGACUGGUUUUACCAGUCCAUCUCCCUGGUGCUGCUGGAGGUGCAGAAGAAGCCGCAGAGAGGGAUGCCGAAGGUGGAGAAGGUGGAGAGGAACGGGACAAUCAUCUCUGUCAUCCUGGGAGUCGGGAGCAGCCGGAUGCUGUACGACAUUGUCCCUGUGGUGUCGUUUAAAGGCUGGCCGGCUGUGGCUCAGAGCUGGCUGAUGGAGAACCACUUCUGGGAUGGUAAGAUCACUGAGGAGGAGGUGAUCAGCGGCUUUUACCUCGUCCCUGCAUGCUCCUACAAAGGCCGCAAGGAGAACGAGUGGCGCCUGUCAUUCGCCCGCAGCGAGGUGCAGCUGAAGAAGUGCAUCUCUUCCAGCCUGAUGCAGGCCUACCAGGCCUGUAAAGCCAUCAUUAUCAAGCUACUGUCCCGCCCCAAAGCCAUCAGCCCAUACCACCUGCGCAGCAUCAUGCUGUGGGCCUGCGACCGCCUCCCCGCCAACUACCUGUCGCAGGACGACUACUCCGCCCACUUCCUGCUGGGUCUGAUUGACGACUUGCAGCACUGCCUCGUCAACAAGAUGUGUCCCAAUUACUUCAUCCCUCAGUGCAACAUGCUUGAGCACCUGUCGGACGAGACGGCCAUGCUGCACGCCCGCAAACUGUCCUCUGUGCGCUCCGAUCCAGCCGAGCACCUCCGCACUACCAUCGAGCACGCCAAGGCCGCCAACAGGCUGACCGUGGAACUGCAGUGGCGAGGCAGCGCCAACAACCUGCCGUCACCGCAGUCCGACGCCGGCGGAGAGAACCAGCCGGACGACCGGCUGGCCAAGAAGCUGCAGCAGCUGGUGACGGAGAAUCCUGGGAAAUCCAUCUCUGUCUUCAUCAACCCGGACGACGUCACGCGGCCGCACUUCCGCAUCGAUGACAAGUUCUUCUGAAACUGACAAACCCAGACCUCUUCCUCCUCCUCCUCCUCUUCUUCCUCUCCUUUUUCUCUGCCUCCCUUCUCUUGCGCCUGGUGCCCCGCCUCCUCUGAAACUUUUUUAUUUUUUACAUUUUUUAUGUUUCUCUGCCACAGAGUGAAGUGAGGUGAUCGUGUAGUUGUCUGCCACGAUUUUUUAUUUUUUGUUAUUAUUUUUCUACUUCCCUUCCCCUCUUCCCUCCUCUUUCACUGUGUGCCCUGUGUUUUUUUACCUGCUGAAUGCCUUUUCAAUAGACAGCUGAAUAGCAGCAGGUUGUUUUUAAAACUGAAGGAUGAGGCGAAAAUCCACCUUUAAAAUGGAAUCCAGCUUCCUACAUUAUUGGUAGUUUAAUGUAAUUAUCAGGGAUCCUGGAAAUGAGACGAAAGCAACAACUCCUGAAAACAUCAAGAGAAGCUUGUUCAAAGAGAGUCGUGCACAAUCGUGCUAGUCGUGCUGAUCAGAUUUUGAUGAUGAGUGUUUUGGAUAAAUGUCAAUCAGGAAACAUGAAGGUAACAAUUUAACCACUCAUUGUCCUACAUCAGCUCUUCAUUUGAGGAGUGAUAUAAUCACUGGCUGCUCUGAAGAGAAUAAAAACACAUUUACAUUACACCUUUAUUAAUCACAGAUGUUAAAUUGUCGUCUAUACAAAUUGUACAAUACAAAGAUAUUUUAGCAUGAAUUAUUAAACAUUUAAGCAAAGUUGUUUUGACAUUUUGAGAACAGAAAUUGUUCCAAAAAAUGUGAUUUUCCAGCUGAUUUCCGCCACAUAAUAAAAUAAUUAUUAGAUACUAUCUCACAGUUAUGAAAAAGUUUACAAGAUACAAAAAUCCACUACAUAUGUUGUUGUUUUCAUUCAUAGCUGUUUGUUUCUUAAUUAUGAAUUAAUAUUUCAUAUUUAUUGUGAGAAAGUCUCUCAUACUUACUGAGAUACUUUGAAGUUUCUCAAAACUAUGAGAAAGAAUUUAUGACAAAAUAAUAAAAAAAAUCAUUUUUCAGAAAUGAAUUAUGUGAAAAUAAUUUGAAAUGGAAAUAACAUUUAAAAAAUAAUGACUUAGACACAUCAGAAUCAGUGGGUUCGGUCAUAUGAAAUAAUAUAAUUAUGAGAAACAAACACUUAAAAAAGAAAAAUUGGUAUUUUUUUAAUAUUGUGAGAUACUUAAUCACAGUUAUGAGAUACUGUCUCAUUCUUAUGACGUGGUACAUCAUCUUUAUGAGAAUAUUAAAAGAGACACUCAUAAUUAUGAGAAAUUAUUUUUAAAAAUGAUUAAAAUUGAAAAACACUUUUUUUUCAUUUGGCAGAAAUGAGCUUCCAUAUGCAGCAGUUUAUUUUAGUUAGUUUUUAUUUUUUGUGUUUUAAAACCUAAAGCUAUAAAACAUUUUUAUCAUCAACAGCAAACGCUCUGAUUCACAUUUUCACUGCAGGCCUGAACAGCAACAAGAUCGUUGAACAAGACUUUUCUCUAUUAGAUUGUAUACAGAUUCAGGAGUUGGGGAUGCCAAAUGGCACGUACACAAGUCUCAAACCCAGGAGUAAAGAUAACGGAGUUCUGUUUGAAGGUGGAUUGUCCCUCCUGAGGAAUGUCUUGAGUCCCGCUGUGGGAUGAUGGUACUAACGUCUUAGAAACUAACUGUAAAUAGAAGAAGAAGUUGUGUGUAGACAGGAAGAUAAAUAGAGACUGAUGAUGUGUGGACUACUUUUCGUCUAAUUUUGCACAGAAUGUAAAAAAAAAAAAAACACCACUUUUCCUCUUGAUUGUGGACGUCGUGUUCGUCCUGAUUGAAAAUGAUGUAUCAUAUCAGUAGACAGGUGACACUUUACUGCAGAACGGUGGUAAAGCACUGCUGACGUUGGUAUGUAAACCAGUGGAAAAGCAGCAAGUACACAGUAAUACUGCAGAAAUACUUCACUGGCAGCCUGUUACACUCCUUCCUUGAGAGCUGCUAAAAAAAAACCGUCUUUACGUCGGUGUGAACAGAAGCUGUAACAUUCCCAGGUGGAGCACAGAGAGAGUUAGUGAAACACAGAAGCUGGAAGAAGAUUCGUGUGAGGAUUGGAGGAUGCCGUUUGUUGUAAAGUGAAGCUGGAAGAAUAAGCUGGUUGUCGUGUGCCACUCGAAGAAGCUGAGAAAUGUUCAACUCAAGUGUGAGACGACAACCGACCAGCUGGUUUUGAUUCUCAGCUGAAACAGAAGCUCCGUUAUUUUCUGCUUCACUCAACUUAAUGAAGAAAAAACAGAACAUCAACAGAUUUCCAGUUCUAUCCGUUAAACUUUAACAAGCUAGCGAGACUUGAAGAAGAAGAAGAAGAAAGUCCUCGUGCGCCUGCUUAGUGGCAACGAGAGAGAAUCAUCCCGAGCUCAAUGCAAACGGACGUCAUCUGUCUGAGUUAAUGAUCAGGAUCCAGAUGGCCGAACUCAUCUGCCAAACUAGUUCCUGUCGUUGGGAAAUUAUCCUCAAUAAAUACUCAAACAGCCCUUUUUUAAACGGUGGAAGCAUCAUGACCAGCGCACAGCGGCGGGCUGCACAGACACCUGCUGUUUUCAUUCAAGACUCGCAACUUUAUUGUCAACACAUCCGUAUACAAGGACACAGUAGGGAUGCAACGUUUAAUGUAGUGCAAACAAACAACACAAGGUGCCAAGAAGAGGAAGCGUUCAUACAUGAAACUACCACAUGUGCAUCCUGCAUCUGGCAAAAAAUACCAGACAGACGACAACGGCGAAGUUUGUAUGUCAGGAAAACUGCAAACUGUUCAUCAAGCCCAAAGACUCAGCGAUACGACGCGGAGUGAUGACAGAGUUCAGCUUUAUGUAACGUCCUCUUGACGUGCAGGAGAAACAAGCGGUAGCAGCAGAACAGCGAUAAGAAAAUAACUGAGCUGAGUUUAUAAAUGAAAGCUACAGAUUUGCGUGAGGAGAGACUUCCUGCUCCUUCAGGGUCGUCAGGAGACGUUUCUGUCAGCAUCACUGUGUACUUCAUCUCCUCUCCACAGUUUAACACUCGGCUGGUUAAUCCGCCGCAUUACGACCGUCGUCGAGUAAAGUGUCACACGAUAUUCCUUUUAGACAUGAUAUCACUGGCAUCACUCUCACCUUCUUCCAUUUUCUUUGUUUCGAUUGCACAUUUCAAUAAGCUUCACUGUAUCUGAAUGACCUCAUGUGUUGUUUUGGUUUUUUUUUUAACCUGACUGAUGUUUUUUUUUCUGUUCAGCUGCUUUAUUUGUGUUUUUAUUUGUGUUGACGGUUCGACUCCGCUUCAACACGAACCAGCUCAGGAUGUGAACGUUAUCCUGUCUCCCAGUUUGAACUGGUCUAAGCAUUAGACAUGAUGUCGUCCCCUCCGUAAAGCACCUUUUACUGCCGUGUGGAUAGUCGGUGAGACGCUGCAGCUGACAGAAAGAACGUCAGUAUGGCUUUAAAGGCUUUAUUCAAGAUGGAAGAAUCACAUCAUCAUCGCUGAGCAAAGGAUGUUUGGAUCCAAACCAACAAUGAACUGAUCUACUAACAAAUAUCGUGUGUGUAUCCAAAGUCUGAUAUAUCUCAU